AUGAGCAACAACGAUUUCUUUACGAGCGUACCGUUCUCUGGUCAACAGCGAAGAACCCACUCAACAGAUCAAGAGAACGUCGUUUCAUUUGCUCAUGCUAUCGCAGCACGCUUCGGAUCCGCUGAUCUUCUCACCGCACGUAUCCUCCCCGACGAGCAACCACCUUCACAAAAUAUUAUUUUACCGCCUAAACCAGUUCUUCCAACCCCCUCGAAACCCGUAUCUUCAUCCUCCUUGUCAUCCACCUUCAUACCAGUCAACCCCCCCGACCUCCCAGCUUACCUCGCAGACCCCUCCAUUCUCAUCCUCGAUAUCCGCCCACAUGCCGCCCAUACUGCAGCCCGUAUUCACAGAGCCCUCUCCCUUAGCAUACCAAGCACUCUCAUCAAGCGUCCUCUCUUUGGUCUCUCCAAAAUCGUUCAGAUGCUCCCUUCCUCAUCUGCACGUGCAAGAUUCGCAGCAUGGCCAACCGUAAACCAUAUAUUGGUAUAUGACGUUGACUCUGUCCUCGUUCCAGACACCAGUAAUAUUGCUGGUCUGCUGAGAAAAUUCCGCGCAGAGGGUUUCACAGGCGAACUCGCUUGGGUAAAAGGCGGGUUUCAAGCUGUAUGGCGAGAUGCACGCCACUGCGCCACAACCGACCACCCUAGCCCGGACGAGGAUGAUCUAGAAGGCACUGCCUCCUCUGGAGCACUGCGUCCAAAGCAUCUCCCCAAAUCCGCCUUUUCGCUUUCAACAACAACAGCUGCAAACGCAGCUUCAGGCACACCGGCAGUCGCAAAUGCUGCCAACCCUUUCUUCGAUACCAUCCGCCAGAACUUGGAACUCAGUCAGGGAAUCACAGAACGUAUUCCCCUCCGUCUUCCCAGGCGCGUACGGAGACGCAUCAAAGACCUCCCAUUUCGUUGGCUUCAAGACAUCGCUAAUUCAAAUGAUCCUGACGUUGAGGAAGGUGCCGAAACUCUUGCCAUGCAAUUUUACCGCAUAGAAUUGGCAGAGCAAAGGCGUCUGAGAAGCGUCAUGGAACAUCACGCAAGGGAAAGCGAGACUCUUCCUUCCACUCCCAUGCAGGGCGCAUUUCCAUUUAGUAUUACGGCCGGUGUCGAGAAGGGAGCCAAGAACAGAUACAACCAUAUAUGGCCCUUCGAGCAUGCUCGUGUCCGUAUUCAUGAUGGCCAUAGACCACGCGACCCCUCACCCGCGGAUGAUUACGUGAACGCGUCGUAUGUGCAGCCCUUGGGCACGCGUAAACGCUACAUCGCUACGCAAGGCCCGUUACCUGCGACAUUUGUUGAUUUUUGGACUCUCGUAUGGGAGCAGAACGUUCAUGUAAUCGUCAUGCUCACGCGCGAGAUUGAGAAUGCGAUGGUUAAAUGUGGGACGUACUGGGUAGAGUCAUCCUAUGGACCUCUUCAAUUGCAGCUCCUCAACACCUCCCCGCCUAUCUCACCUUCUACUUCCUCCAAUACCUCGGCCAACAUUGGGUUCUUCAUGUCCCCGCACGAGCGCGAUAAGGGUUCGAAGCAGCCAAGUAUGAUAGUGAGGACCUUUGCGCUCAGCCAUCGCGGUUACCCAGGCAUUCCACCUAGAAAAGUGACGCAUCUGCAAUAUCUGGAUUGGCCCGACAUGAACGUACCUGAUGAUCCUCGUGGCGUGCUAGAGCUCGUGAAGUGCGUCGAGCGCGCUACGGGCAUUGCUGCAUUUGCGCUUGGGUGCUCCCCGCCUGUGCUGUUGCAUUGCUCGGCGGGUGUGGGCAGGACGGGCGGGUUUAUUGCUGUGGAUGCUCUUCCACGACAGCUGCAUCAGGACGUGUCACCCGCACCAUUAAUGUCCCAUAAUAACCCCAUCUCAACGAUCGUGCAAGAUAUGCGCGAGCAGAGGAUGAGUCUUUGCCAGAGCUUGCGGCAGUAUGUGUUCGUGCACGCGGCGGUUAUCGAGGGUGCCCUUAUGAUGGUGGACGAG